CUGUAGUCCUCGCAUUAGUGUGACUUACGAGAAAUUCCUUCCCAGACUCAUCACAAUGGCCAGCGAUUCUGGCAGCGAUUACGAGGUGGAAUCCUUUAUUAAGGCCAAACGGGUGCGACGAACUGUCAACGACGAUAGCGCAGAUCUACUGGGCAACUUCGACGACCAAAAGCGCAAGGAGAUCUUUGAGGGCACUUAUGUUGAUAAGGACGGCCGGAAUCCAAGUGACCCGGAAGAUAGUGAUGCCGAGGAUUUAUCCGAUGGGGAGGCAGCUGGAAAUAGCAGCUCUGCCUCCGGAUCCGACGAAGAUGAGGAGGAAAAUGGGGAAAUAACCAGCGACCAGCUGAGCUCUCUGCUGCGCGGGGCAUCCAAGACCAACAGACACGUUCUGUAUGUGACGAACCUGAAUUUUGAGACUACUAAGGACGACCUGGAGCUGCACUUCUCCGCGGCGGGCACAGUAAAGUCUAUCCGAAUCCCCAAAAAGCGGCGUGGGGGCUUCGCCUUCGUGGAAAUGGCCGACCUGCCCAGUUUUCAAAAGGCCUUCCAACUGCAUAACACAGAAUUGCAAGGCCGUCACAUCAAGGUGCAGAUCUCCGAGGCUGGCAAGAAGAAGUCUGCCAACAAAAAGAACAUCAUCAAACAGAAAAACCGGAAGUUGGCUGAGAUGCGCCACGAGCAGAAGACCUUUACCAAAAGUGGCAAAUUCUACGACAAGGACCUGAAGAAAGAGAAGGCCAAGGAGAUGUUGGCGCGAAAAAGGUGGCGCAAGAAGCCCGCAGCCAGACCCACAUAAAUAACUUAAGAUCCUAAAAUUUAAGCAAGCCUAUAAUUAUUUAACACAAAUUAAAAGUAACAAUUAGCGGA